AUGAGUGCAAGUAGUAAUCCGCCAUCGGACUUUGUUGAAAUUAACCGUCGCUUGUGGAACGACAAGGUUGAUUAUCAUGUUGCCUCACCGAUGUACGAUGUUCCUGGAUUUCUUCGAGGUAAGAACACAUUGAACUCGAUUGAACUCGAUCUACUAGGCGAAAUACAAGGAAAACGUAUCAUCCAUUUACAAUGUCAUUUUGGACUUGAUACUCUUUCACUCGCUCGAAACGGUGCAAAACAAGUUAUUGGAGUUGAUCUAUCCGAACGAGCAAUUACAAAAGCGCAAGAACUAGCGAUUGCUGUGAACCUAUCAACAUCGACUCGCUUUAUCUGUUGCAAUAUCUAUGACAUACGUCACCAUUUACCAUUAGAUCAACCCGACGAGCUUUUCGAUAUUGCCUUCGCCUCUUAUGGUACGGUUAAUUGGUUGCCAGAUAUCAAUCGAUGGGCUCAAGUGGUUUCCAGCUGUUUAAAACCCGAUGGAAUCUUUGUCAUGGUUGAAUUCCAUCCAGUUUUGGAUAUGUUCAACUAUUCAUAUACACACAUCGAACAAUCAUACUUCAAUCAAGGACCAAUCGUCAAUGAUUUCCAAGGUACUUAUGCCGAUCGCACUGCUCCAAUUCGGAAUCAAAGUGUGGAAUGGUGUCAUCCUCUGAGCGAUGUGAUUCAAGCACUCAUUCAGAAUGGACUGCGACUUGAUACUAUCAAGGAAUUCGACUAUUCGCCGUACGACUCGUUUGCCAAUUCAGUGAAGACAGAUGAAGGAUUCUAUCAGAUCAAAGGUUUAGAAAAGAAAAUACCGAUAGUAUACGCCUUGAAAGCUACCAAGUCUAAAUAA